AAUGUCCCAAGCACUCGUCGCCAAACUCCAGGCUGCCUCAACAGAGUACCAAAAACUCCAAACGGACCUAGGCAACGCCGUCGACGCCCGCACACGCCUCGACGCCCAGCUGUCCGAGAACGAGCAAGUCAAAGCCGAAUUCGCAAAGCUCACACCGAGCAACACCGUGUACAAGCUCAUCGGGCCGACGCUUAUGCCACAGGACCAAACGGAGGCCAAAGGCAAUGUCAACACCCGCAUAGAGUUCAUACAAAGCGAGAUAAAACGGGUAGAGGGGCAGCUGAAGGAGUUUGAGGCCAAGUCAGAACAGAAGAAAAACGAGAUUGUCGAGCUCCAGACAGUGAUUCAGCAAUCGCAGCAGGGAGAAGCACCAGCAUAGCGCAGAAUCACAUCCGCCGCAUCUAAGCGCAUACCACAUCGUGUAUCUCAUCCAGCACUGUACCACCAUUGCAAUGACAAUGCUCCUGAUUUAUAUGGCUGCC